AGAGCAGGGAGAUGUCCUCCUCCGGCGGCCACCAGCACAGCCAGAGCCGGGCCAUCCCCACCAGGACGGUGCCCAUCAGCGAUGCCACGCAGCUACCUCAUGACUAUUGCACCACGCCCGGGGGGACCCUGUUUUCUACCACUCCUGGAGGUACCCGAAUCAUCUACGACCGUAAGUUUCUGUUAGAUCGCCGCAAUUCCCCCAUGGCUCAGACCCCACCAUGCCAUCUCCCAAAUAUUCCAGGAGUCACCAGUCCUGGUACCAUGGUCGAGGAUUCCAAAGUGGAAAUAAACAAUCUGAACAAUCAUGACAGGAAGAAUGCAAUGGGCUGCCAACUUAAACCAAUGAUUACUGAGACAGGGCUGUGCACUCUGUCCUUAAUGCAUACUGUAAGUGAUUGCAGCAUCUCCCAAGAAGAGCAUGUUCUUCCAUAAUGGAUUAUCUGAUUUGCCCUAUCUGCUGCGCAAGGUUAAUUAUGGGAUUUAAAACUACCAUUAUAUUAUUUACCAGAAGAUACGUUAGGAAAUAGCAUUGGGAGGUAUAUUGGGAUUGUCUUUCCUCUUGAGGGCUUUCUGAGAUCUCCCUCUAAUGCGGCUCUCCUUUUUCUGUUGCCAGGGGAUGAUGCUCAGUUUGAGAUGGACAUCUGAUUACCCCAGAGCGUAACCAUGGAGAGGCAGCAAUUCCUGAUACCUGUGCAUACUCGAUUCUGCUAAUCGGAUCAGUAACUGAAAGGUGGAAGAGGCGGCGGUAGCAGCAGUCUCCAUCAGACUCCCCACCUCAUCUUCCAAGUGCCAAAGGAUAAGAAUCUAGCUCCCCAAUCCUGCUCUCCCCCCCCCCCUUUUUAACUCCCAUCUCCCUGCUCUGUGACUGAAUGGAUGCCCUUGUCAAAUUAUACAGAGCUGAGGAACGCUCCGAGUGGAACCUUGGCAUCUCGCACUUUAGAGGCACCCUGUCAAACCAUACACAAGCGAGAACGUACCUCCAUCACCAAUUGGAUAUUUAUUGCAAACAGCAAAGGGGCCAGGGACUGGUGGAUUUAUGCUAAGUGGAGAUGGCUUUUUCUGUGUUCCCCUCCCUUCAGCCUGAUCCCAGCUCACAAAGGGCUUAUGUUUGCACAGCAAGUAGCCAGUUGUAAUAUGGUAUCUCAAAUACUUUUGAUCACUCGCAUUUUAGAAACUGCAAGGAAUAGUGGGAGAACGGGUAAGAGUCUCUGCUCAGUCUGAGUUCCUUUUCCUCAGUGGGCAGAGCACUCACUUGAGUAACUCUGGGGGAACCUGGGUACUAGUCCCACUUGUGACCUUUCUCCAUGACUCUGUGUGCCCUGCAAUGUAACAUGUUCUCUCUUCUGGAGACGCAUAACCCUAAUUCAUUUGCUGUUGUACCUCCUUGGUUUCCAUCCCACUGACAAACUUUUUGAUAAUACUUCUUAAUGUUAUGUGUAUUUAGUGGAAGCUGUCAGUUCAUUAUACUGCUGAUUCCUCUUCCUUUCUUUGUAUCCCAAAGGAAUGUCACCCAAAACUUCUCACUUUCAGAAACGUAACCCUUUAUUCCCUGAGUACUUUGAAUGCUAAAUCAAAACUUUUUUUUUUUCUGGGAUAUGGGGGAGGGGUAUCUUAUAUUAUCCUCAGGACUUCCUCCAUUUUUGCCCUUGUUAGUUUCUCCUGGUUUCUUUGCUGGUCCACACUGUAGACUGUUAUAUUGGAGGUACUACAGUAAUGGUUAAUUUCCAACAUCCCCCAUCUCUCUUGCAUUAGGGGAAGUGUUUUUCCCCACUAACCGUUUUAAUGAAUACACUUAUUAAAUGUUUAUAGUUUCAAUUUUAAGACCUCCCAUCAGAAGGGAAAAAGCGAAUGUCAACAAGCACUCUCUGAGGAACAGUGGGCCUGCUUCUCAUCUUACACCAUCCUUCCAUUCAUAGUUCACUGUGCUCCUUUCAAUCACUGGCUCCAUUACUUUUCCUCCAAGAUCCUUUGUUGUUAACUUUUAUGUUCACUGCUGGGGUGUAUAUUGGCUGACUUGUAAAAUUGAACAUUCGCCUGCAUGGGUCAUUUUUGGUUCCACACUGUCCAGUUUUGCUCCUGUCCAUAUCUUGCCAAAGGGACUAGCUGGACUAGUGUGGAUUUUGACAAGAGUGUGGUGCUUCUGGCCAAUUCCUGUCUGGCCUUGCCACUUGAAAGUUCUUGAUGGGUUUGAUUUAGUUGCUGAGGGCAUCACUCAAACUGUAGCUGGACUUGUUUCCCAUUGCCCCGCUUGCUGGGAGACUCUGUAUCUGACAUGUGAGUCAGAAAUUUACACAGCUCAGUUAUAAAUUGGAAAAGACCGUUUUCUCUUUUGAUAUGCAAAAGGGACACUUUCCUGGUAAAAUACUACUUUGGGGAAGGAAGGUUUCCUCAAAAACUCAUUUUUCCCCUCUUCCCUUCAAAAUGUGAAUAACACAGGAACAAAAGCCCUUUGUAAUGUUUGAUCUCUCAGGAAUAAACUCUUUAGUGUAUCUGGGAAAUGCAGGGUCUCCUUAAAGCUUGGUGAUGGCCAGAAAUGUGACUAAAACUGCACCUCUAUGACCUGUAUUUAUUCUCUGGCAUUAUUCCACCUAUGUUUAGUAUGAAGGAUGCUAUAGAAAGCUCAGUUGUACUUUGUGUCUCCCAGAUCCAAUUUGUUCAGUUCAGAUAUUUCUAAAGAGCACUACGAGUUCUGCCUCAUGUAGGAAACUGUUUGACUUUUUUUUUUUUUUUUCCAUUCUGCUUCAUGCAUCAUCACUAACAAUAGUUGCUGGAAUUUAGCAGGUAGUUUUGUUGAUGAGGCAGAACAGAAUCCAGAUUUGCUCUGUAGUGCUGAUAAUAGUAAAAACUUGGGUUUGUCAGUGAACUAAGCAGAGUUGAUUUGGGAGAAACAGGAAGAAAAAAUGGGCAGUGACAAGGUAUCAUUAGUCACUUUUCUCAUCAUAGUGAUAAAUUUUGUUUUAUUCGUAACUUCUCAUCUUUUCAAAGCACUGCACAGGUGUUCAGCUAUUUGACUCUUUAAUUACAAGAAUUGUGCCGCUAAAAUCCUGUUGCAACACUGAAAAUGUAUCCCUAAGUGUACAGUGCAGCAAGAGCUUCCAUUAUGCAACAAUCCUCUUAGCUGUCAGCUGGAGAAAUCAUUCUGACUUUUGUCAACUUGAGAUGUAUUUUUUUUUUAAGUACCCAAGGUAAGAAACAAGAAUCCAGAGAGGAAAGGAUGGUCUGGUAAUUGAGGCAUUGGAGUAGGAUUAGGAAAAUCUGGGGUUUGUUUCUGGCAAUGCCAUGGUAUUCCUGUAUGACCUUGAGCAAAUGACUUAGUCUCUCUGUGCUUUAGUUUCCCAUCUGUAAAAUAGGGAUAACAGCAUUUCCCCAUGUCACAACGGUGUUGUGAGGAUAAAUUCAUUAGUAUUUGAGAGACUGUCAGAAAAAAUGGAAAUAGGGAUUAUAGGAAAGCAUAAAAAUAUAUUUUUUUAAAAAAGCACAGGAGGAUGUCAUGAAAGUUGAGAUUGUGUUAAAAGAAACAGCAUUUUGUGCAGUGAUAGGUCCUCUACUGACUUGUGCUUUAUCUCUUCCCCCCCCCAACUUCCCUGGACAUGCCGUGGUGCCAUGAAAAAUGGUGACUGAAUAAAAAUAGUGCACUCAACAAACUCUCACUUUGCUAGUCAGUUUGGAUAAAGAGUUUUCACCUAUUUUGGUCAGUGCAGUGCCCGGUAACCUUAAUGCCCUGUAAGAAGCGAUUCCACACAGUCAUACUCCCACACUCACACUUUCAGUUUAUUUAGAUUUUGAUUAAAAUCUGCAUUUCUGUGCCUCCUGCUGCUUAUCGCUCUGUUAGGCGAUCAGUUGCAUCUGCAGUGUGGGGUGGAACCUAACGUACCGUCCACCUUGGUGUCAUCCUAGUUGAACAAUCAAAAUCUGAAUUCAGUCGUUUGCCAUUUAAAAUUACACCAUCAGGUUAAAAACAAUUUGUUAAACAUGUCAUGUCCUGUUUGUCAGUAAAACUGAUACAAAAUAUAAUUAAUUUUAUUUUUAUCCAUUAAUUCUUGUUUACUAUUUCCACUACACUUAGCUUUGGAACAUAAGAAUGGCCAGUCUGGGCCAGACCAAAGGUUCAUCUAGCUCAAUAUCCUGUCGUCCAACAGUGGCCCAUGCCAGGUGCCCCAGAGGGAAUGAAUAGAACAGGUAAUCAUCAAGUGAUCCAUUCCCUGUUGCCCAUUCCCAGCUUCUGGCGAACAAAGGCUAGGGACGCCGUCGCUGCCCAUCCUGGCUAAUAGCCAUUUAUAGACCUAUCUUCCAUGAACUUAUCUAGUUCUUUUUUGAACCCCGUUAUAACCUUGGCCUUCACAAUAUCCUCUGGCAAGGAGUUCCACAGGUUGAUUGUGCGUUGUAUGAAGAAAUACUUCCUUUUGUUUGUUUUAAAUCUGCUGCCUAUUAAUUUCAUUUGGUGACCCCUAGUUGUUGUGUUGUGAGAAGGAUUAAAUAACACUUCCUUUUUUACUUUCUCCAGUGAAAGUGGACAAUGAAAAUAUUCAGUUACUUCUUAAGCACCACAACUGCAGGGUAACACUUAAGUCCAAUCUAAAUGCUCUGUUUGUUAAAACUGAAGGGAAGAUGAUAAUAAAAUGUUCAGUUUUGUAAAUUCUUUAUUUUAUUAAACCUAAAUUUUGCACUUAAAUUUUUGUGUCCCAGACAUUACAGGUCAGAUCUUUCCCUGCAUUAGGGCAGCUUUGUCUCAGCCCAUCAGUGCCCUUUUUAACCAGUUUUAGGCUGCUGCAGGAUUCUCCGUGCAUAGUGAGGUCCUUGGGUGGUGCAGAGCCAUCAUGGCAGUUCUUAUGUCCCCUGUGCUGAAUGCAAGGAGCAGGGGGAGUGAGGUUAAGGCAACCCUUGGCUACUGUAUUGGCCCCUUGGCAGCUAAAACAAGUUAGAGUAGCCCUUAGACUGCUCUAAUUUGUGCUUUGGGACUAGCUCAAAAGAGUGGGGAACAGCUUCCUCCUUACCUGAUAUGUUCAGCUUUAAUCCUUAUUUUUAACCAUUAAAACAUAGGGCCUGGAUGAUGCACUGGGUUAGUGCAGGAACCUAUUCACCUUCAGGGACCUGGGUUCAGAUUCUAUCUCUGACCAUAAAUAAAAAUGAAUCUAGCAGGUUCAUCCUAAUUCCUACUACUCCACUUCAUAAAACCACAACCCAGUAGCUUGGUUUAUGCUAAGGGAAUUCCAACCACUUGGCACUUUGGCUGGAGCUGUCCUGUAGACCAGGCUCCAGGUCCCCUGAACCAUUUUUACUAAAUUCAUUUCACAACCUGCAGAAUGCGCUUUUUUUUUUUUUUU